AUGACUGAAAGUCGACCAAAAAGUCAUAAUUUGAUUGAAUUAGAAGAGGAGGUGCUUAUUCAAUACAUUAUUGAUAUGGACGAUAGAGGAUUUGCCCCUAAAUUAAAUAGUGUGGAAAAUAUGGCGAAUUAUAUGCUCGAAAUACAGGGUGCGAAGAAGGUUGGAAAGCUCUGGGCUCAUCGCUUUGUAAAACGAUGUUCAGAAGUAAAGAUGUGUUUUAAUUGUGUUUGUAACUUUCAAAAAGCUUUUUGCAAAGAUCCAGAGCUUAUUGAAGAGUGGUUUCGAUUGGUAUCGAAUAUACAAGCGAAAUAUGGGAUUCAGGAUUGCGAUUUCUACAACUUCGACAAAACAGGCUUUAUAAUGGGUAUGAUAUGCCCUGGAAUGGUUAUAACUAGUGCUGAACAAAGUGGCAGAAGCAAGGCAAUACGACCAGGCAAUCGAGAGUGGGCAACAGCGAUUAUAUGUGGUAAUGGAGAGGGUGAAACUAUAUCAUCAUUUUUAGUGGUGCAAGGACAAUAUCACCUUUCUAAUUGGUAUACAGAGAGUGAUUUCCUGCAGAUUGGGUUAUUAAACCUACUUUUAAUGAAUGGACGAAUAAUGAGACAGGUUUAG